AUGUCGGAACAUUUUCGUUGCAUCAUUGUUGGUGGUGGGCCGAUGGGUCUCAUCACCGCCCAUGCCUUGACGGCGGCGGGGAUGGACUGGGUGUUGCUGGAAAGAGAAGACGACAUUGUAGUACAAGACACUCCCUGUGUCGUCAUGUAUCCCGAUACCCUCAGAGUCAUGGAUCAACUCGGACUUGUCGAUCGGUUAUUUCGAAUCAAGACAACCGUUGACCGUACCCAAACACUAACGCACGACGGCGCCUCAUACAAUACCACAUAUCCUCAUGACUGGAGCAUGGAAAAUCAUGGCAGAGGGAACUGGUAUUUUCAUCAACCACAAUUGGUCAGCGUCUUGUAUGAAGCUCUAUCAGAGAGCGAUCGAGCUCGCGUAAAGACGUGCAAAGAAGUCACAGACAUUGAAGCAGAAUCUGAGACGAUAAUUGUUCACUGCUCGGAUGGUACGGUUGAGGAGGGCAGCCUUGUCAUUGGAGCCGACGGAGGCCACAGCAUUGUCCGGGACAUGAUGAGAAUAAACGCACUGGCCGAGGACCCAAAGGCAGCCGUCAAUGCCACGCUGCCCUUUGCUGCCAGCUAUCGUGUAUUAUGGGGCACGAUACCAAUGGCCGAGAACAUGAAGAGCAACGAGGCCUGGGAGUGCCACGGCAAGGGCUACUCGUCGCAAAUGUUCUUUGGUCGUGGCCGGGGCUGGUUCUUUGUCUACGAGAAGCUCAAGAAGCCGACGCGCGGCCUGCGCAAUUACACUGAAAAGGACAUGUACAGCUGCGCCGCCCGGCUCGCCAACCUACCCAUGACGAACAAGCUCCGACUGCGCGACGUCUAUGCCGUUUCGCACGGAUGCGGCAUGGCAGACCUGGGUGAAGGCCUCGUGCGCCGCUUUGCCUGGGGCCGAACAGUCCUCAUUGGAGAGGCAGGCAACAAGCAGACCUCGCAUCUCGGCCUGGGCCUGAACAGCGGCGUCCAGGACAUUGUCGCGCUGACCAAUACGCUGUCAAAGCUUGUUCAGCAUCACGGAGAGCGGCACGAGCUGGUCGAAACCGAAGCCAUUCACCUGGCCCUCCGCAAGUACGACGCGAUCCGUCGCGGUGACGCGCUUCAUGGCUCAAGGACGUCAGCGAGGGCCGCUAGGCUGCAUUCUUGGAAUGGCCGCGCACUACGUCUAUAUGACAGGUAUUUUCUCCCAGCUGGAGGAUCCAGCAAAAAGAACUACGAUGGUACAAUAGGUGCCAUAGUCAGCCACGGUAUGCUCUUGGAUUCACUUCCAGAGACAGAUCCGCAGCAUGGGCGGAUGCCGUGGCUUCACCUCUAG